AUUAUUAUGAGAGUAAUUACAAGAUGUAAAGAGAGUUCUAAAAAGGUAUGAGGGCUGAGGGAGAGUACCUGAGGAAGGACACACUUGGCAGGUUCCACUACCGCCAAGGCUGGGGUUCAGGCCUCACUGUAGCCGGCUGGGUGGUGGACAAGUUUCCUGGUCUGCCCAGGCCAGACAGUUGCCAGGUCAAGAAACAACCCUCCAGGAUGCAGGCAAACUGAGGCUGGUGGGCAGGUGCACAGAGUGUAGAGACAUCACCUGCAGGCACUAGGCCAAGAGCACACACUCCCCACAUUAAGAUUCACCAGGGUACAGGUGAGCCAAGACUUGCGGGCAGGGGCAUCAAGAGAGUUGGAGUGCCCCGUGUGCAUGAGGCCUGGAGUGCGUGAUGUCCACACAGGGCAUGGAGGGCUUUGGGAAUCAGCCCUCUGGGGAGAACAGCCAAGGUUGAUGAGCAGACACUCGGAGGGAGCUGGGGCACUGCUGUGGGUACACGGUGCCCAUGCCUGGAGGGCUUUGGGAAAAAAUGUCCAGGCAUAGGUAAACAAGGCUGAGGGGGCAGGGGCACAGAGUUAGGGAGUUGUCACAGGUGCAAGACCUGGAGUAUGCGGUAUCCAUGACAGCAGCGCCACAGCAAAGUGGUCCAGGUCUGCAAGGCUGCCGAGGGAGUGUCUGCUCUUGGCAUGCAGCUGGAGCACAGCAACGCCUGAUGUCCCCCAUGUCCCCAUGCACCACUGAUAGAUCAUGGUGCUGGAGCAAGAAAAAGCAAACCAGUGCUCUCAAAUCCUUUCCUUCCGUGUCCCUCCAGUGCCCUCUACUGACAAAGCUUGCCAUCGUCCUCAUGGUGAGGGAGACAUGCUUCCAGUUCUGUCCAUUAUGGCCGAACAAGUACUGAAGGGUGAAUGUGGAGCUAAGAGGCAAAAAAUAGGUACCAGAGUCCAUCUUUUUGGCUAUUCAGUUUUCCUACGCACCGUUCUACACAUAUUUGAACUUCUCUAGCAGUUAAAUUCCUACCAACAAGAUAUAUCUAUCCAUCCUUCUUAAAAGUGACGUUAUCACCCUUCCCCCAAAUGAGAGGACACAUAUAAAUUACUCUCUCCAGGUUCAGGGAAUUGCUUCUGCUCUUUCCCGUUUAUGCCUAGAAGUAACAAGUGCUACCCCACCUCCACCCCAACUAGCUAGGAGUACACAGCACCGUCCUUAAAGGUUCGUCACUCCACUCAAAUGAUUUGGUUUGAGUGUGCCAUCUGUUUCCUGUCCUACUCUGACUGACAAUGGCCCUAACAUUCAAGACAGCCCAAGUCCACUCAAAACCUGGUUUUCAUCUACUCCCCUGCAGGCAAUAACACGUUUAUUGCUCUAAAUCAUAUUCAGGCUUCAAAGCCCAGUUUACAGACCAUCUCCUGGAAAGUCCUGUAAAGUUCUCUCAAUUCCAUCCCGGAGUACUUUGUCCUCUCAACUCCUCCAGCAUGUUAUAGGUCACGUGUUGAUCACGUUUCAUCUUCACACCUUCUGAUUUGGUGCCUUCUACCUACCUAACACGGACGCACAAAAAACCCUAAACCCCCGAAAAGACGGCCUGAUAAGACAAAUGACCCCUAAACCCCACGCUGCACUUGCAGAACACUGUCGCGCACACUGUUUCUCAUUUCAGACCGUUGUCAGAAGAGAAUCGUGGUGGCUAGGGCCUAUUUGCCAAUCUUGUGGUCACACUGCCACACCUGGCCACUUCGGCCAAUGCAUUGUAACCUGGAGGUAGGGGAGUCCGAGAGUCUCCCUUGCCCCGGGGUCCUGUGGGCGAUGGCAACCGUUCUCCCCAAGCCUCCGUGAGCCAAAAUCCAAACGAAGGUCGUUUGCAGCCCGCUUCCUCUCUUGCGCACGCUUGGACUGCACCGAUACGGCCCCGACCCCCGUUAACCAUAGAGUGCCGCGGGCGGGCAGAGGGGCCAGAAGCCGAAGCCGCUCUGUCCUCCGCUUCCGGCAGCACCUCGUUGCUCCGGGAGUGGCUGUAGCCGCGUAUGCAGUUUCCAUGGGGACUGAAGAUGGCGCCGCGAGGUGAGAUUCCGGAGGUAAACGUUUGUCCUCCACUCCCCUGGAAAUCCUCUUCUUUCUGAACGGGUGGUAUUAUGCUACCUAUUUCCUGUUGGAGCUCUUCAUAUUUCUAUAUAAAGGUCUCCUGCUACCAUAUCCAACAGCCAAUCUAGUUCUGGAUGUGGUGAUGCUCCUCCUGUAUCUUGGAAUUGAAGUAAUUCGACUAUUUCUUGGUACAAAGGGAAACCUCUGCCAGCGAAAGAUGCCACUUGCUAUUAGUGUGGCCUUGACCUUCCCAUCUGCCAUGAUGGCCUCCUAUUACCUACUGCUGCAGACCUACGUGCUCCGCCUGGAAGCCAUCAUGAACGGCAUCUUGCUCUUCUUCUGUGGCUCAGAGCUGCUGCUUGAGGUGCUCGCCCUGGCUGCUUUCUCCAGUAUGGACAGGAUUUGAAGUACAAAAAUUUCAGCCAGCAGCCCUCAUGGGCUGAGACCACACACACUUCUGGUACUUUGGCCACACCAGUGAGAAAUGGUGGGUCAAGUUGUCCUGGGAAAAGUUGCAGCUUUUCCUCAGCACAGACAUUUGGGCGACAAACUGAGCAUAAGGCCUCUGGGCACCAUCUUCUAAACAGGACCAUCAGCCUAAGAGACUCUUCUAUACUUCAGUAUAGGGAGGGGCAAGGCUGUCCCCUUCCUGGCCCUUCUCAGAACCAAUUCCCUGCUGACCUCAAGUUCUCUUUGAUCAUCGUGGCCAGAUCAUCUUGUGUGGACCAUGCAGGCUCCUUGGGCUUCCGGCAGGACCUGAGCCACAUGCUGUGCCACACCUGUCACGUAUGAGCACGGAGAGCCCCAGGAUGGUGUGCUCCGAGUGAUGCAAAGGCCUCUUAUCCAUUCUUCAGAGACUGAGCUCCAGAACUUUUUUAGUAGCUCAUAGUGUUAUUUUUCUAUUCUCAUCAUGAAACAAACAUUACUUUAUAAUAAAUAUGUAUUUUCUGUUGUGCA